AUUUCGUUCACACCUGUCAGUCAGCAACUUCUCGUGUAUAAAGUUUACUUCAAUGUCUCCCUAACUUUCGCACUAGAUCGAUCCGAAAUCAAUGGCAGGAGGUGAGAUUUGGGUGCUCCCGGCUUUCGGGCAGGGCCAUCUCUUCCCCUGCAUCGAGCUAUGCAAGCUCAUCGCCUCGCGGGGCCACAAGGCCACCCUCGUCGUCUUCUCCAGCCUCUCCUCCAUCCCCUCCUCCUUCCGCGACGACCCCCUCACGGACGUCCUCGUCGUCCCGGCCGCUGCUCCUCCGCGCCCCGGCGGCGAGGAGUUCCACCAGCAGAUGCAACAGGGGAUGGCCCAGCUCACCGACUUCCUCGAGGCCAGGUCGGGGAGCUCGACCCGGCCCGUCUGCGCCGUCCUCGACGUUCUCGUCAUAAUGGGCUGGGCGGCGGAAGUGUUCCGCAAGCUGGGGAUCCGGACGGUCGGAUUUUUCACCUCCGGCGGUUGCUCCGCCGCGUUGGAGUUUGCGGCUUGGAAGGCUAGCGCGGUGGACAUCAAGCCCGGGGAGACCCGUUUGCUUCCCGGGUUACCCGAAGAAAUGGGACUCACGGUUUCGGACCUUAAAAGGCGGUCUCAAGUGGUUAGAUUGCAUAAGUGGGGCCAGCAGCAGGGAAGUAAAGCGGGGUCGGACUCGGGUUCGGGUGCGGGUUCUUCUCGACCUUCAGGUCCGGGUGGGCCGCCGAGGAUCGGCCCAUCACCGCCCGGAGAGAAGCCACACUGGGUGGAUGCCACCGAGGGCUCGAUCGCUUUGGUGAUCAACACGUGUCACGAUCUCGAAGGUCCAUUUCUCGACUACCUAGCCAAUCAAGUCGGUAAACCCGUUUGGGGUGUGGGUCCACUUCUCCCGGAUCAAUUCUGGACGUCGUCCGGUUCUCUCAUCCGAGAUCAGGAGAUCCGACCCAACAAGCAAAGCAACGUGACCGAGGAGGAUGUCAUCCGAUGGCUAGACGCGAAGCCACGUGGCUCCGUGAUCUACGUGUCCUUCGGUAGCUCCGUGGGGUUGACAGUAGAGGAGUACGACAAGCUAGCCAAAGCGCUGGAAGAGUCCACCCGGCCGUUCAUAUGGGCGAUCCAACCGGGCUCCGGCGGGUCCGAAGAAGGGUACUAUCCUCACGGGUUGGAAGCCAAGGUGCCCGAACGGGCCCUGAUGAUAACCGGAUGGGCACCGCAGCUCCUGAUACUGAGCCAUCCGUCGACGGGCGGGUUCUUGUCGCACUGCGGGUGGAACUCGACGAUAGAAGCCCUGGGGCGCGGCGUCCCGUUUUUGGCAUGGCCCAUCAGGGGCGACCAAUUCUACAAUGCUAAGCUGGUGGUGCACCAUCUGAAGGUUGGGUACAUGGUAUCAGAUGAAGACCCGGUGAUGGUCAAGGAGGAGGAGAUAGGGAAGGGAAUUGAUAAGCUCAUGAGUGAUGAGGAGGUGAAAGAAAGAGCUGUCAAGGUCAGUGGCAUGUUUCAGGGUGGAUUCCCUAAAAGUGCACUGGCUGAUUUAGAUGCUUUUAUCAAUUUCAUCACCCAAAAUCAUGUUGACUAGAGGUAAAUAAUCCUCAUUUGUAAAAAAUAUUUGGACCGAGAAAAUAUUUUAAUAGCAGUGCUUUCGCUCAUUUAAAAGAAAGUAACUCAUAAAACGGUAAUUUAUCACCUAUUAAA